AUGGAACAUCACGAACAUCAGAUACAGUUUAUGCCCAAAGACCCGCUUGAAAUAGAUUAUGAGGCUUUACCAGAAGAUGCAUCUUUAGCUGCCCAUUUGAGUGCUGGUGCCUUGGCCGGUAUAGCUGAACACACGGUGAUGUUCCCCAUAGACUCAAUCAAGACAAGAAUGCAAAUGAAUUUAUCGACUAAAGAGAUAUCACGCGGAUUAGUCAAGUCAAUAUCACGAAUCAGCUCGACUGAAGGGUUCAGAGCUUUGUGGAAAGGUGUAUCAUCGGUAAUACUAGGCGCCGGUCCAGCACAUGCAAUUUAUUUUUCAGUUUUUGAAUCAACAAAGACUUUUCUUGUCAAUAGAUUGACCAAUUCGCCCCACUCAACGAGAAUAGUGACUGAUGCAAAUCAUCCACUUAUAGCCAGUUGUGCUGGUGUUGCUGCUACAACAGCAUCCGAUGCCUUGAUGACUCCAUUUGACAUGUUGAAGCAAAGAAUGCAAGCAAGUGCUGCGUACACUGAAAACAAGUCCACUUCGGUAAGAUUGAUUAAAUUGGCCCGUGAUAUAUACAAGAAUGAAGGUAUUUCUGCUUUUUUUAUUUCAUAUCCAACAACAUUAUUCACAAACAUUCCAUUUGCUGCAUUAAACUUUGGAUUCUACGAAUACAGCUCAUUACUACUCAAUCCGAACAAUUCAUAUAAUCCAUAUUUGCAUUGUGUUAGUGGUGGUAUCGCAGGAGGUAUCGCUGCUGCAUUAACCACGCCGUUGGAUUGCGUUCGAACAGUUUUACAAACCAGAGGUAUAUCGCAGAAUGAAACAUUGAGACAUGUUACUGGAUUCAAUACUGCUGCUAAAGCAUUGUAUAAAGAGGCUGGGUAUGCUGCCUUUUGGAAAGGUCUUAAACCAAGAGUAAUAUUCAAUAUCCCCGGUACCGCUAUAUCGUGGACAGCGUAUGAGUUUUGUAAGGAAAUUUUAAUUAAAGGAUAG